AUGCGAGUCUUCCGCAAGACGAAUAUCUGGGAGAGUCUGCUAAGCGGCCGAAGAAAACUCUGCGACGCAAGGACGAAUUCUGCGCUCCAGGACGUACGAUACGUGAGUGACAUAGCUCACGCGAUUCGUGAUCGGAUCUCUGGUAUGGGCGAAGGUAGUCAAAAAAUGGAUAAUUCAUCAGACAAGUCGUUAGAUUCUUGCAAAUUAACGCGAAAAGAAUCAUAUAAAGCUCAAAGAAAGAAUUAUCGAAUGGAAAAGAAAAGAGUAGCCGAUGAACUUUUAAGUUCUUUCAAAGAUCCAACCGUUAUUGUUAUGAGUGAUUGGUUAAAAGUUCGUGGCACAUUGAAAAGUUGGACCAAGUUAUGGUGUAUUCUGAAACCUGGAUUAUUGUUGCUGUACAAAAGUCCAAAAACGAAGAGUAAUCAUUGGGUUGGAACGGUACUACUUAAUACGUGUCAAGUUAUUGAACGUCCGAGUAAAAAGGAUGGAUUUUGUUUUAAAUUAUUUCAUCCGUUGGAGCAAUCUAUAUGGGCUCCUCGAGGACCAGAAAAAGAAGCUAUUGAACGAGUCGCAGAAGAAAAUGUCGAAGAAAACAUCGAAGUGAAUAGCGGAGAAUAUUUACUUGAAAAUGAUAUUUAUGAUGUGAAUUCGUACGAUUUAUCCGAGGAUGAAAUGCAAAGUGAACAUGAAGAUGAAGAAUGUUUACAUCUCUAA